AUCAAGGUUUCUUUCUCUCCUUUUCUCUGUGUGUUUACAACCUUGACAGCCUCAUGUCACUGUCUCCUUAAAAAAAGAACAAGCUGAAAUGAGUUCACACUCGCAGGCAGGCACAGACACAGACUGCACAGUAUGGCCUAUCGUGUGCGAAUGUGGAGCUCCCUCCGUUCAAGUUCGGUUCUCAUGUGCCACCCGGGAGCCACAAGGAUGCAUCCGAGGACUCUUCACACACUUUCUAAACACUGCAGUCAAUCCCAGCAACAUGGCUCCUCAGGCUCUAAAGUGUUAGUUCACUUUGUAAAUCAGUCUGGAAUGAAAAGCAGCGUCUUUGUCACGGAGGGAGAGAGUCUUCUAGAUGCUGUCAUCAAGAAAAAUCUUGACAUCAGUGGAUUUGGAGCAUGUGAAGGUACUCUGGCUUGUUCCACGUGUCAUUUGAUAUUUGAGGAAAGCGUGUAUGACAAAUUGGAGCCAACGGUGGAUGAAGAGAUUGACAUGCUGGAUUUGGCUUACGGACUCACAAAGACAUCCCGUUUGGGGUGUCAGGUGAUUGUGGACCGCUGGAUGGAUGGAAUGACCGUUCGUGUUCCUCAAGAGAUCAAAGAUCAACGUGCAAAACAGGAAGCAAAGGGCAUCAAAUGAUACAAGAUGACAGAUAUGCAUAAUUGUUGUCACUUAAUGUAUAAAGUUUAAUUAGUUUAGUCUCUCUAUUGGUUCUCAAACUUUUUGGCAUGCGGCCCCCCUUGUGUAAGAUGCAUCCCUUCCAAAGAAAAUACAUGACAUAAAAUUUGAAUUAAACAAAACAUAUUUUUGUUUAGUAGCCUUAUUUUCUCUGAGCUUUAAUUACAUAGAAUUUAUGAUAAAUUAAUAUAUAUAUAUAUAUUUUUAAUCUUUUUUUAAUCUUCGCAUGGCCCCUAGUUUGAGAACCACUGCUCUAUAUGACAGUAUAUAAAAAUGUGACCUUGCCUGCAAAUUCUAAUUAUGAUCUAAUUAUGAGAUUAGGAGCAUCUCAGUUUGAUUUUACUCAGUGACUUCACACUGAUUACCAAAAUUUGACAUGUUCUUAGUAAAUAUUUAAGAUAUCAAGGUUAUAUUUUCACAGAAUGUUCUUUACAUUAUCUCUUAAUCACAAAGACAUGAUUUUAGCUGGGUUUUCACAGACUGGGUCAUAAAUGUUUCUUUACAGCCACAAUAUAACAAACUCAAUUUAACCCACAUACACAUACAAUAUUCAGAAAGAGCCAACAGAUUCAAUCCCACCUGCAUAUUUGGGAAUUGUGACCCACAUGAAUGUGUAUGUAACAACAUCUAGGAUUACACCAUUAGAUCAAUAUUGGAUAUAGCUUGGUGCUAGUGAGCCAAAGGUCUUGCAUUUAAAACCCCAUAGGUGGUCAACUUGAGAACUGCUAUAUAUUGAUUUCUUUCAGACUAUUUUUUCUUCUUCUGACAAUAGUCUAGCUACAUUUAAUGGAGAAUUUCACGUUUCUCAGAAUAAAACCAAUCCUUAAAUAACUUUUUAGUUUACACUUUA